UACCGCCCUACCACUCCAUCCACAGUCCGCCACGACAUCCCUAGCGUUGCGCGCCACUUCGAUGUCUAUUAUAGCUGUCUUGGUCUUCGUAGCAGAAAGGUCCCUGCCUUUUUAUGAUUCCUUUGGGGGCUAAGCGCGUGUCUACAGCGUGGUUCGUCGUCACUCCCUCCUUGCGGACACUAGGGGGUUCAUACCCCGCGCUAAUUCGAUGGAGUCUCCCGCCGUCCAGCGCGCCUGAAACAGAAACCAUUCUGUAUUUCCACCCUUUAUUCAAGGGGCAGGUACGCCAAACGGGCCCCUCUUUCCAUCUCCCAUCGGAGUAUGAACGGAGACUACAUCUGCCGCGUGCAUGCGAUUGCACGUGCGCUAUUGAGCCGUCACUUGGUUGCUAUACACGGCGGACCGCUACGCUAGCCUGCUCGGUCAAGCACGUGGUGUAGAGAUCGAGGCAAUGUGGUUGCACGCGCUCCGGCAGCAAUGGUCGAGGUGCUCGCUGUUCAGUGCCAAUCGAGUACGACUGGGAACGAUGUGUGACGAUUUGAGUUCUGGGCGGAGGAGGUUUAUAUGGACUGUGGGAGCUUGAUCCUUCUUUCGAUAGUUGGUAGUGACGAACGUUCACAUGAUACUUCAAACUUAUCAC